AUGUCUGCUAUUCCUGAAGAAGCUAACGUCUCCAUUCUGAACAAAAACGAAAAGAAGGCCAAGGACCUUAUCAUCAAGUUGGGUUUGAAACAAUUGCCUGGUAUCUCAAGAGUUACUUUCAGAAAGAAGGACAACCAAAUCAUUGCCAUUGACCAUCCUGAAGUCUACAGAUCUGCUGGUGGUAACUAUGUUGUUUUCGGUGAACCAAAGGUUGACAACUUCACUCAAAAAUUAGCUGCUGCUCAACAACAAGCUCAAACUACCGGUGCCAUCCCAGCUGCUGGUGAAGCUAGUAAAAACCCAGAAGACAUCAAAAAGGAUAUGCAUGUCGCUGCUGCUAACCCUGAACAACCUCAAAAGGAAUUGGGUGACGAUGAAGAGGUUGACGCUACUGGCGUGAACCCAGAUGAUAUUGAAUUGGUUGCCGAACAAGCCAAUGUUCCAAAGAACAAGGCAACCAAGGCUUUGAAAGAUCAUAACAAUGACAUUGUUAACGCUAUCAUGUCGCUGUCCAAAUAG